GGAGUGUUACUGGGAAGCCGGAAGGUCGCCCUACCCCGCUUCCGGUGCAACCGCCGUUUCCCAUUGCGCAGGCGACUACCAAGCCCGAGCGCGCAGCGUACUACUCCCUGAGUACUGUAACAAAUCUUUGAUACUUGAACCUGCAACUGUGACCCUGUAGAAUACAUUUCAAACGAGGAAAUGGAGACGACCAGAAUCGCUGCGCGGUGUGCGGUCGCUUUCACCGUGCUUGCCCUCGCUAGCGCAUCCUAUUCUAUCAUACCGGGCUCAAUGGUCCUGCUAGCGGCAUCGAUUGCGGGCGGUAUGCUCCUUUUCCUUGUAGCCUCGGCAUCGAUGAUUUUGGCCAGUUGCGUGGCGUCGGCAAUCUUGGGUUGCUGCACGCUGGCGAUCAUCGUGCUUGGCAGCAAGCUUUGCAACACGGCUGCGAAGACGGCCAAAAGGGGCGGGAGCUCAUCGCUAUGGCAACGCCUGGGGCUGGUGCUGGCAGCGCCUGCUACACUUCAAGUGGCGAACCCGCCAGCAGCGGCACAAGAAGGCAACGCAGCCGCAGCCCCCGAAACGGGCCACAUGGACAUGGCGAAACGCAGCGCGCCAGCCGAGGCCGCACACGCUGCAGGAGAAGACCUGAGUGGCUCUAUUGAUGAACUUGAAGAUUUGGUAUCCUGCGUAGUUCCCGCCGCCACCGAUGGGGAGGACAACGGCGGCGAUGCUGAUGUCCCCGCGGCGGAGCCAGCAACGGCUGAUGUGUUCGGCUGCAGCACGCGCCACACGCCACCCCUGCUACUGCUGCCAACGUGCUUGGCGUCGAGCUUCCCCUCAGCAGCAGCAAGCGCCGCGGCGGCGUUGAUGUCAAGUGGCAGCGCCUGCGGCGGCGGCUGGAGCAGCGGCUGGGGCGGCGGUGGCUGGGGCGGCGGCAGCAGCCGUUACAGCUGCAGCAGCUGCGACAGCCAUGAAGCUGCAGCAGGCGACGGAGCAGGCGGCAGCUGGCUGGGAUGGCUUGGCGGCGGCCAUGCCGCUGCAUCGCGGUUCGCAACCUGCAGCGACGGCGGCGGCAUUUGGGCGCCGACACUCCUGCCGCCGAGCGCGGCGCGUGACGCCUCUGCGGAUUUGUGUUGGACCCGCGCUGCCGUGGCCGCCCACACCGACGCCGCUGCCGCCGCCGGUGACAUGUGCAAGAUGGGCUCAACUGCGGCCCCUGCUGGUGGCGGCGGCGCCUGCGGCGCCUGCGGCGGCUUCGCCGCCAGCGGCGGCAUCAGCGGUUGCAGCAGCUGCACGAGCCUCUGCCUGCUGGCGGGGCUCAAGAUGGAGGACAUGGAGUGCCAUGAUGGUGACGGGGCGGCUGCUGCUGCCGCCGCUGCGGCGGCGGAGGAGCCUGCGCAGCAGGCGAUGGGGGGCCGCACAGAGCAGGGGGAGUACAUGGAGGAGGACGAUGAGGAGGCAGGAGAUCCCACACUGCCGUUCAUGCCCGACCCCAUCCACCCGCCGCCGCCGCAGCUGCUGCAGCCGCAGCCUCCGGGCGGCGCCCAGCAGCUGCUGGACUUCAACACACUGCAGGCUGCAGAGUGGGUGGCGUGCCUCAGCCAACCCGGCGGCGCCGACAGCAGCAGCGCCGCCGCGGCCAUCGGCAGCUUCGGCAGCAGGAGCCUGUGUGGCGGCUGCGCGGCCAGUGGCGGCGGCGAGGCGCCGCUGUGUGCAGUGGACCUGGUCCGCCUGCACCUGCCCGCUACUGCCGGCACUGCCACCGCCUCUAACACCGCCGCAGCGGCCGCGGCCACGGCUGCCACUGCUGCAGCCGCUGCCAGUAGUAGUCCCGGCCAAGCGCUGCCGCCUGCGACGCAGCAGCAUCCGGCUCAUCAGGUGCUGCUGGCGGCGCGCAAGACGCUGCUGGGUCGGGACGUGCGGUCGGAGGCGCUGUUCGAGGAGGAGGCCAUGGCGCUGCAGGCCGUGUCGGGCUGCCCCUUCGUGGUCCCCUACCUGGGCGCCGCCGUGUGCUUCGACCGCCUGCAGCUGUUCACGCAGUGGGCGCCCGCCGGCGGCCUGGACGCAGAGCUGGAUGCUGCCCUGGCGCGCUGCCCUCAGGACCCCUCGGCCCCGCGCCUGCUGCUGCCGGCCCCGCGCCUGCGGGUCAUUGGCGCCUCGGCCUUGCGCGCGCUGGCCGCCCUGCACGCCGCCGAGCCCCCCAUCGCCCACCUCGACAUCCGCCCCAGCAACCUGCUACUGCUGCCAAGGCCCACGCCGUCGCUGCUACAGCCGCCGCAGCAGGCGGCUGCCGGCAGCGCGGCGGGCGGCGGCGGCAGCGCACGUGUGGUGCUGGGCGGCUUCGGCAGCGCCGUGCGGCUGCUGGACAGCUUUGAUCUGGAUGAGAACGGCGAGAUCUGUUCAAUUGAGCUAGAUGCUGAUGCCGUGCUUGAUGACGGCAGCGGGAUUAGCUUUGAUCUGGGCCGGCCGGCGGCGCGCUACGUGGAUGUGGGCGCGCGCGGCAUUAGCUGCAGCCGCGUCAGCGGCGCCGGUGUGGCUGCUACAGCCGCGAACGCGCCCCAGUGCUCCACCGCUGCUCGUAACCCGCGUGCUUGCGGCUGUAGCUGCUGCGGCUGCUGCGGCUGCUACGGCUGCGGCUGCGGUGCCCACGGCGGCUGCCUGCAGCUGCCGGAGGCACCCUGCUACCUCGCGCCCGAGCUACGGCUGUGGUCCCCGCCUGCUACCGGUACUGCCGCGGCUGCUGCGGCUGCUGCAGCCGGCCAGGUGCUGGUCACGGCCAAGGCCGACAUUUACUCGGUGGGGGUGCUGCUGGCCGUGUGCGCUGUGUGGCACGGCUGCCCCGCCGCCGUGGUGUCGCGGUGGCAGCGCGGCGGGGCCGCCCUGCCGGCGUGCGUGCCGCGGCCGCUGCGGCACUUGGUCGGCCUAUGCACAGCGGCGGACCCAACGCUGCGGCCGAGUGCCGAAGAGGCGCUGAACCACCCCUUCUUUGCGGGGCUGACGGAGGAUGAGCUGUUGUGGGGUACAUGCAUGUGAUUUUGAUGGUUGUGGAGGGUGCGGGAGCAAGAGCGCCAGAGGUUCAGUGUGAAGAGCGCUGCGCAAGAUGCGGCUGUGGAGGCUGCGCUUGGAUGGUCGCGACCUGGGUCGCUAUGUUUGCAAGUCGCGAUUCAUGUACGGUAUGUCAAACGGAAUUCUGGCUCGUCUGGUACGUGUUUGACAUGGUGUGGGGGGUCGGCUGCAGCUGUGUGAACGGCAUGCACCACGCGGGUCCUUCAGUCCAGAAUGAUGCCUUUUUUUGAUUUUUGACACUCAUUACCAACCGCUUCUUCCUUGCGAAUUCACCUUCUUCCAAGCUGCGUAACUGUUUACUAUGCCUGUGAGAGAGACGUGCGACGUGCAGCGUGCGUUGAGUGAAUACGUGUCCGACCCCUCGCGGCGACAACCUAUUGAUUAUAUGCGGUAUGAAUGGUAAAAGUGCAUUUUAGCACUUUAGCACUAGGUGAAAUCAAUAACUGUGCGGUGAGUCUGAAGGUGAGGGCGUUUCAACAGCCCGGGAGGGGGGUGCCAGAUUGGCGCGGGUAUGUGCCAGGGCUCCCUGUGCC